AUGGCGGCAAAAUGUGUGCUGCUGCGAGUUGUGAUAGCCUUGUUGUUUCAGUCGAUGCCAGCAAAAAUGGAGAAAUCUUUCGAUAAAUUCUUGAAGAGUGAUCACACAAACAAUUGGGCGGUAUUGGUAAGAGAAAAAAUAUAAAACCAUCACUGACAGUGGAGUAGAGGAAGCGGACUUAAAACUCUCUAUUUUUUAGGUUUGUACGUCUCGGUUCUGGUUCAACUAUCGCCAUGUAGCUAACGUUCUGUCCAUUUAUAGAAGUGUCAAAAGACUUGGAAUCCCCGAUAGGUAGGUAAAUUAUUUCUAAAUAUCAAGAAAUGUAAUUAGAUGCGUUCACUCGUCAACAAACAAACAAAAAUUGAAAGUGUGGGGUUUUAAACAUUGGGAGCUGCGUGGUAUGUUGUAUACAGAGAAUUAUAGAGUCAAUAAUAGAAACGUCGCAAAACUGGGGUGACACAAAAACUCAGACCUCCGACCGUGAAAAACUCAGACCCCUGGAUGUCUCGACAACACAGACACUCAGUUCAAUUCUAAGUGGGGUCUGAGUUCUGAGUUUUUGUGACACCCCUUAAAACUGCUUUUCUGGAAAUGAGAGCCUAGUCUUAUGCAGUCCCAUAUCAUGUGAUCAGUUUAAAAUAAUGCUUCACUGACCAGCAUAUCUUUAUCAGCCUUCAAGUGAAGUAUUUAUAAGGGGAUUCAAACAAGGUCUGUAGAAAGCAACCAUAAGAAAAGCCAGUGGGCAGCUACAAGUACACCUGUGCUAGUUGUAGCAAGAUAGUUUUUUUCAUACAUCUUGACAAUAUGCCUGAAAAAUAGUAUUAUGAUAUUGUCUUUGAUGGAGAAGUCUGUUCCACAAACAGCUUGCCUUCAACGGUACUUUAUUAGAAGUCAAUAAUAAAAUACAGCAAAGGUGUUAUUUGCGUCGUCACGCAACGCUUUGUCGCGAUGAACUCAACCGAAAUUUGCAUAAAGUUGUUUACACGAAGCUCGAGAAAUAUAGGGCUGAGAUAGCCAACGUUUGUUCUCGAUUAGCCUAAGUUUUUAUCAGACUAAUCUGCAAUCGAGUCCACAAUCGAGAUACAUGUUCGACAUUAUAAAUCGAUGCGCUAAAAUUUAUCCCCGGAGAAGCAAGGGACCUGUUGAGAAUUGGACCGAGAAUUGCGAUCGAUUUGCCUGAAGGAUGAUAUUUAUUUAAGAGACUUCGUCAAAGUUAAACGUUGGACAGACCGACCAUUACAUCUUUAAGUUUUUUCUCGAAAGGGCAUCUAUUUAUGAUUUUUGUUGUGCUACAAAUCAAAAUGAUCCACAUAUACUUAUGUUUGUCUCGUACGAUCGAUCGCGUCUUUUACAAUGCUGUGGAAAAUUCUUCUCGUUGGCACCCCCCAUACCCCUAGGAAAUUUCUACCGUUUAGCCCCCCCCCCACCCCUUAGGAAUUUCCAUUGACCAUCCGUGGGGGGGGUAUGGAUAUUUUCUGGAAUCACACAUUUUACAAUAAUCACUGUCUUUUUACUUUCAUAUUCACACAGUCACAUUAUUGUUAUGCUUGCUGAUGACAUGGCCUGUAAUGCUCGCAAUCCAAGACCAGGUGAGUCUUUAGUUUUUCCUACACUGUUCGUAUCACCUUUAAUAAGCUAAUUAUGAUUUUUCAAAGAAAUUACAUGUAGGAGGUGUAGGAAGUUGUGAUACACCAUUAGUGAUACUUUUCCUUACAAAGGAUUUAAACCUCUACGUUUCACUGACUUAUAAGCAGAAAUCUACCAAGGCCCACCUUACAAGAGAUAGUUCCUCAGCUAUAAAAUUCUCACAGGGAAAAUAACAUUCCAGAUUCGCCAUUUUCACAUAGUGGCUACAAUUCCUGUUACAGAUUUUCUAAAGUCUAAAGCAAUAGUAGAAGUAUAUAGCAUCCUUCAAGCUUGCCAAUCCUGUUCUGUACUGACGAGUUCACUCUCUGAAGAUGACUACAGCACAGGUUGUUGAAAUGUCAGUCACUGUCAACAACAGUCCUAUAUAGAAUUAGGACUACGUUUACCUGGAUAAUCUUGCUAAACUUACAUGUACUUAUGAAUUGACUCCUGGGUUCAAACCUUUCACACUUCUCAAUGUUUAAAAAAAUUAUCCAUAAUCAAUCAAGAAACUUUACACUUACGACAGUACCUAUAGGAUUUAUAUUUUCAAAAUCUGUUGACGGAAAAGAUUUGGGAUUUCAUGGGCAUCAUUUUGAUGGCCCACGUGUCAUUUCUAGAGGAGUGAUGAACAGGCCUUUUGCAGCAGUUGGUCAUGCAAUCAACUUUCUGCAAACAAGAAAACAGUUUUUAGCAGCAGCUUAGCAUCAACUGAGAGAGCAUAUAAAAUUAAGAAACCUGCAAAUUUUCUGCUGUAUAUCUCCAAAAUAGUGAUUACUAUGGCUGGUAAAGAUUAGAAGGAUUUGUAUGGGAAAAACAACUCUAACCACCCAAUCAUGGUUGAGUGGUUUUGCAAAAAAAAUCCUUGUAAUAUUUAAACUUUUGUAAAAUCUUUCCUUAAGCAUCACAGNUGCCUGAAGGAUGAUAUUUAUUUAAGAGACUUCGUCAAAGUUAAACGUUGGACAGACCGACCAUUACAUCUUUAAGUUUUUUCUCGAAAGGGCAUCUAUUUAUGAUUUUUGUUGUGCUACAAAUCAAAAUGAUCCACAUAUACUUAUGUUUGUCUCGUACGAUCGAUCGCGUCUUUUACAAUGCUGUGGAAAAUUCUUCUCGUUGGCACCCCCCAUACCCCUAGGAAAUUUCUACCGUUUAGCCCCCCCCCCACCCCUUAGGAAUUUCCAUUGACCAUCCGUGGGGGGGGUAUGGAUAUUUUCUGGAAUCACACAUUUUACAAUAAUCACUGUCUUUUUACUUUCAUAUUCACACAGUCACAUUAUUGUUAUGCUUGCUGAUGACAUGGCCUGUAAUGCUCGCAAUCCAAGACCAGGUGAGUCUUUAGUUUUUCCUACACUGUUCGUAUCACCUUUAAUAAGCUAAUUAUGAUUUUUCAAAGAAAUUACAUGUAGGAGGUGUAGGAAGUUGUGAUACACCAUUAGUGAUACUUUUCCUUACAAAGGAUUUAAACCUCUACGUUUCACUGACUUAUAAGCAGAAAUCUACCAAGGCCCACCUUACAAGAGAUAGUUCCUCAGCUAUAAAAUUCUCACAGGGAAAAUAACAUUCCAGAUUCGCCAUUUUCACAUAGUGGCUACAAUUCCUGUUACAGAUUUUCUAAAGUCUAAAGCAAUAGUAGAAGUAUAUAGCAUCCUUCAAGCUUGCCAAUCCUGUUCUGUACUGACGAGUUCACUCUCUGAAGAUGACUACAGCACAGGUUGUUGAAAUGUCAGUCACUGUCAACAACAGUCCUAUAUAGAAUUAGGACUACGUUUACCUGGAUAAUCUUGCUAAACUUACAUGUACUUAUGAAUUGACUCCUGGGUUCAAACCUUUCACACUUCUCAAUGUUUAAAAAAAUUAUCCAUAAUCAAUCAAGAAACUUUACACUUACGACAGUACCUAUAGGAUUUAUAUUUUCAAAAUCUGUUGACGGAAAAGAUUUGGGAUUUCAUGGGCAUCAUUUUGAUGGCCCACGUGUCAUUUCUAGAGGAGUGAUGAACAGGCCUUUUGCAGCAGUUGGUCAUGCAAUCAACUUUCUGCAAACAAGAAAACAGUUUUUAGCAGCAGCUUAGCAUCAACUGAGAGAGCAUAUAAAAUUAAGAAACCUGCAAAUUUUCUGCUGUAUAUCUCCAAAAUAGUGAUUACUAUGGCUGGUAAAGAUUAGAAGGAUUUGUAUGGGAAAAACAACUCUAACCACCCAAUCAUGGUUGAGUGGUUUUGCAAAAAAAAUCCUUGUAAUAUUUAAACUUUUGUAAAAUCUUUCCUUAAGCAUCACAGGGCUCAAAUUUUCCUGUGUACAUAACAAACAAUAUUAGCCCUCUAAGGUGUAAGGGAAAGAUUUAAGGACGAUCUGAAAAUUUUCUCUCACCUUGGCAACAGCCAUUUUGUUGGAACUCAAUUGCUCUCAAAUAUUGUAACAGAUCCCAGUGAUCUUGAGUCGCAGCUUUGUAUUUCCAUGUGGUUUAUUGAAUUGUUUUGUCAGACAGGCAUAGCUGUUUUGCACAAUCAGACUCAAUUGGACAGGGUCAUUGGAUACUUCUACUUAGCCUGUUUAAUGUAUACUUAUCACUAACAUAAUUGCACAAUAUUUUUUAACUUAAAUAAGCUCUGUAAAAUUCUAAGACAUAGAAAUUUUGGACAGUUUUCUUUUGUCUGAAUUAAAAUCGUCUGCGAUUUUAGGGUUUUAACAUAAUUAUACAGAAACUCAAUCAUUUCAUUCCCCUUGUCAUUCACAGGCACAGUGUUUAACAAUGCUAAUCAGCAUAUCAAUGUCUACGGUGAUGACAUUGAAGUGGAUUACAGAGGAUACGAGGUACACUUUAACAGAUCCCUUGUGUGCAAGUACCAUAUAAGGCACAUACAUACCAUUGUUGCCUUUUUACUGUACCUUGAUGCAUUCUAUGCAGCUUUGUUGCUCCACCUGCUCCCUUCCACACCUACAACAUGGAUACCGUACCUAUUCAGCUCUGCUUCUAUUUGUUGUGCUUUACCUGCUUCAUAUAACAGCAUGUAGACUUUCUAAGAUUAAUUUUAGUUGGGUCAUCAGUCAGGAGGGAAAAUGUCACUGAAAAAUGUCAAGUUCAAUCCGGGCAAGUCUAUCCAGCAUGCUAUGGCCAGCUUUAGAGAUCUAACUAAGGGAUACUCAAGGCUAUUCAUCAUGACAUCAUAGUCCUGUUGUAGGUUUAAAAAAUGCAGCCUCCUGAGGGAAAAUAGAAUAUUGCACCAUUGUCAUGUAAGAAACUUACUUUAAGUGGCAAUGAAUCCAAAAAGGAAAGAAAAGGAAAGGCAGGUUCUUCAUUUACCAUAUGUCAGUAACAAUAAAAAAUUUUGCAUUGAUAAUUACAAUUAUGUCAAAAUCCUGUGCUCCACCUGUCUACCUUUUGGUGUAGUAAUUUUUUUAAGUCGUGAAGAUUUUGAAACACUUAAAAUUUUACCUUCUUUGCCUAGCAUUGCAACCAUAAUUAAAGGCAAAAAGUAAAAUUAAACCUCUGAAACCUUUUGUUACAGGUUACAGUGGAAAACUUCAUCAGAAUCUUGACAGGUAAAACCAAGAAAAAAAANAUCCCUUGUGUGCAAGUACCAUAUAAGGCACAUACAUACCAUUGUUGCCUUUUUACUGUACCUUGAUGCAUUCUAUGCAGCUUUGUUGCUCCACCUGCUCCCUUCCACACCUACAACAUGGAUACCGUACCUAUUCAGCUCUGCUUCUAUUUGUUGUGCUUUACCUGCUUCAUAUAACAGCAUGUAGACUUUCUAAGAUUAAUUUUAGUUGGGUCAUCAGUCAGGAGGGAAAAUGUCACUGAAAAAUGUCAAGUUCAAUCCGGGCAAGUCUAUCCAGCAUGCUAUGGCCAGCUUUAGAGAUCUAACUAAGGGAUACUCAAGGCUAUUCAUCAUGACAUCAUAGUCCUGUUGUAGGUUUAAAAAAUGCAGCCUCCUGAGGGAAAAUAGAAUAUUGCACCAUUGUCAUGUAAGAAACUUACUUUAAGUGGCAAUGAAUCCAAAAAGGAAAGAAAAGGAAAGGCAGGUUCUUCAUUUACCAUAUGUCAGUAACAAUAAAAAAUUUUGCAUUGAUAAUUACAAUUAUGUCAAAAUCCUGUGCUCCACCUGUCUACCUUUUGGUGUAGUAAUUUUUUUAAGUCGUGAAGAUUUUGAAACACUUAAAAUUUUACCUUCUUUGCCUAGCAUUGCAACCAUAAUUAAAGGCAAAAAGUAAAAUUAAACCUCUGAAACCUUUUGUUACAGGUUACAGUGGAAAACUUCAUCAGAAUCUUGACAGGUAAAACCAAGAAAAAAAAUAUAACUUGUUUUCUACUAGUCUCCUUUUAAAUUUUCCAAGAAGGCUUCCCACCCUGUACCAUUAACUACCACUAUAAAGUUGCAUGUUAUUUUGUGUCUUUCAGUGCAAAUUGUGAUCACUUAAUAUUUUCCAUAUUUUAAUAUAACAGGUCGUCUUCCCUCCAGUGUUCCAAGAUCCAAGCGAUUACUUUCUGAUGAAAGAAGCAACAUUCUCGUCUACAUGACAGGUUGGUUAUUAACAUGAUUAAGUUUCCCAUGAAAAUUCAAAGGUGUGGAAGGAAUAUCUUAAUAGUCCAGUUUCGAAUUAAAAAUCACCGCUGAAUACAAACAUUAACGGCACAUUCAUACAGGGUUAGCCUCGACGUAAAGUAAAAUAUUCAGAAAUUCUGGCAAGUAAGUGUUUGAAAUUUGAAUAUACACAAUAGACAGAGUAAUAAACAAGUCUUUUUCUUGUUGGAAUUUGUUAAUAUAUUACUUCAGAUGGAGGCUAAGACUGUAAAAAAUGCGUCCUCACUUCUUUAAUUCAGCAGUCAUGGCGAACUCGAAAAUGGGCUAUUGUAAUGCUGUUGUUUUUCCUAUUUGCCUGUAGGCCAUGGGGGUGAUGGGUUUCUUAAGUUUCAAGAUUCUGAGGAGAUUACAAGUAUAGAGUUGGCUGAUGCCUUUGAGCAAAUGUGGCAAAAACGACGGUGGGUGCAGCAGUAACAAUGUCAGACCUCAAGGGAAAGGACCCGUAGUGUCAGGACCCUCUCUAGCCUAGCCUGAAAGAACAGCAAAUAUUUUACGAUGCUGGUCUUCUCACAAAAUGACAUUAGUGCUAUACUGAUGUUGGUCACUACCCAGAUCUGGGUAAUACUUCUGAUUGAUUGCGCCUUGCGCGGAAUUUGCUUUGACCAACCCGCAGUCAUUCCUCAGAUGUUAUUUUGCGUGGAAACAAGUAGUGUGGUUGCAAAUGUGUGCUGUUUUGUCAGGCUAUCUCUGUCCUAGACUAGGUAUCUCAAUACCCACCAAGGCUCAAUCUGCUACUGAGUAAUCCAUUGAGCUGCUUGGUAUACUUCUGUACAGUAGUCCCUCAUUUUUAACCUCUCUAUUUUUGGAUCAUUGCAGGUAUAAUGAGGUGUUCUUGAUCGUGGACACCUGCCAAGCAUACUCCAUGACACAGAAGCUUUACUCACCAAACAUUCUGGGUGUUGGCAGCAGUUUAGUUGGAGAAGAUUCCCUUUCUGUGAGAUCAUCUUUGUGUACAGGGACCCUAAUUAAAUUCAGGAUGACUGUUCAAUCUCGGACUGGAACCCAGGAUCUCAGCUUCCAAGAUUGAUACUUUAACAGAGCUGAAAAAAAUUGAAUUCCAGCUUGUCUUUGGGGCAAGCAGCUCUCACAUUUUGCCUUCUCAGAGCGACUUCUUGCUUGUCUUAGUCAAUGAUUUUGUAAGAGGAUGACGUGCUUGGACCCAGUAAGCUUUAAAAGCUACUUGCCCAACAAGAAAAUCUACGCGCCCUACCUUAACACUGAAUUCACUUUUUUUUUCUCUUGACAAAUGUAUUUAUACAAACUUUGGAUAGGAAAGUUGUUGUGUUUACUGUUGUCUUUUCAUCAUUAUCUAUUUUUUUAGCAUCAUGAAGACCCAGCCAUUGGAGUUCACGUGAUAGACAGGUACACGUAUUACGUUCUUCAGUUUCUAGAAGGCGUCACUCCGAACAGCAAGGCCACCGUGGGAGAUUUGGUAAAUACAAUUAAUAUUUCUUAUUUGUUAUCAUCAUCAUUAUCAAGUAGCUGUGUUGUUUUAAGCAUGAUAAGCUGUUUUCAGUAGUAUCAUUGACUGACUCAGAAUUCGGCUUUCUUGGCGAAGAUUUUUUGUUAUCAACUCUCUCAAGAGUGGUGUGUCUCCAACUGAGAGUGAGCUAAAACAGUGAAGCGUUGCUUUCUCGAGCUGAAUUGAAUUCACAUUCAGUACAAGAUGAUGUGUUAAGGUGCAUUUAUGUAAAGUUGCUACCGAAACUGUCAUGGUCACUGUCUGUAGCAUCAUGACGAUUGAGUGCAAGUGUUUUUAAGACACCAGUCUAUCAAUAAUACCAUUAAGAGUAGGAACUUCCUUGGGUUACAGGAUUUGACUAUUCAGCUUGCGUUAAUGAUACGUUGAGACACGGUGGUCAAUUAUGGUGUCAGGGUAUGGCCGUAUUGUGUCCGAAGACAACAAUUUUAAAUCACAGUUUUUUUCCUCCUACUUUGUGUGUGCACACGUAGCAAGAGGUUAACCCUGGAAUGGAAUAUCAUUUAAUGCUGCAUAAGCCAAGCUAAACUCAGUGGUCGUGUUUAACGACGAUUAUACCUUAGCACAUACAUGCAGUUAAUACAGAACUAGUGUAACGUACGAGCUUACCAAAGUGUUCUUUGUUCUUUUAGUUCAGUUACACUACACCAAAUUUAGUGAUAUCUACACCAGGAGUGAGAUCUGACUUAUUCAAAAGGGACCCUAACAAGGUAAAGCGUAUAAAACAUUUCUAACAUGAUUCCAUAACGCGAUCGGAGAUUAAAGGUAUGAAAUAGAUUUUCUUCCUUGACAGGUGUCCAAGUCUGGUUGAGUAGGCGAUACGUACAAUCAUGGACAAAAAAGUCUUCGGACACUUAAGCAUUUCUGGGGCGUUUUCCAGUUCACAUACCUAUGCCGAACCCCUCCGUUCAACCCAGAAUUUUUGCGAGUUUCAUCUUUGUUUUGGGUGGAGUGAGGGAGCGCUGUAAGAAAAUUUCGAAAAAGAUGCACUGUUUUAUGAAGGAACCCAGAAAUUACAGAAAAUCAUAUAAUAUAUCAAGCAUGAGACGCAGCGUUUCAUCACCAGAUGAAACACCGUGAAGAGAGUUAAAAAUGCGACGCGCAGCGGAGUAUUUUUGACGAACUUCGAGGUGAUUCAUCUGGUGAUGAAACACUGUGUCGAAUGCUUGAUAAUCAUAUUACUUCUUUAAAAAAAUAAUUUUAGAAGAAGAAAUUAAGGAUGCAAAAAUGACCAGUUUUCAUCUGAUUUUCAAUCACUCAUUGAACAUUAAUGCUCUUUGUGUUUUCUUUAUGAAUUAUUAAUGAGUUCGAGAAGAAUACUGCAUUACUGUCCCAGGGACCUUUGUCUAUGGUUGUAGUUGUGGUGACAGAUAUAAAGUUUCCUCUUUUCUUUUUUUAAGGUAUUGGUGACCGACUUCUUUGGCAGCGUUCACAGCGUUGAGAUAUCAAAUUCCUCGACUACUGAUGUGCAGCAGGAAUCUCUAUGCAGGUACAUCUUCUGUCACACGGAAAAACAGCUUUGAGGGAUUCAAAAAGGAUUCUAGCCACAAUCAAGCUGUAGCGAGUAUAGAGGCAACUACGCAUAGCCACGACUCAGAGAUUCGAAAGUUGAAUUUUUAGGCGACAAAUAACCCGCCGCAGGGUUAGUUGAGUUGGUUGAGCACUGGCCCGCCAGUUGGGAGAUUGCUUUGCAGUCUCCGGUUCGUAUCAGUACUCAAGGCUUUAAAAUAUCUGAGCAGGCCCAGCCUUUGCCUUACGACGCUCGUGCUACGUAUAAAUGCAUGUUUCUCAUAAAGCACUUUUAAAAGUAAUGUUUAAUGGUGAAAUCAAGAACUAAAAGAUGUCCUAAGUGAAUUAACUUGAAAUAUUUUUCUCGUUGCAGAGGAGAGGGUUGCUUGUCACCCGUAAGAGACAAAAGUCCUAAAACAGCAGAGAAACGUGUUUUGCGCGAGCAGUUUCCCACCACAGCAAAAAAGGUAUCAUUCAUCAUUCUAACGAGUUUGAUAUAGAUUAUCUUUGUAGCUCUGGUUUGAUCCCGAUUUCUGUGUCUGUGACUUUGGGACAUAAAAUACGUGGCGUCACAUCAGUAGUAUAGAUGGGCUUCUUUGAGCCUCCUGUUUGCGGUGGAAUCUCAUUGGUGAAGGGAAACCAUAGUAAUCAAUCAAUCAAUCAAGUAAUGUGGUGGUGUCGGUGUUAAAGGAAAACCAUAGGAAUUGGUUGUUGAUCGUGGUGUUGAAACUACAGUAAAAAAUGUUGUUGUGGCGGAGGAACGAAAAGAAUUGGAGUGCGGAGGUGAGAUGGAUAAAAGGUGUUUCAGGAAAAAAGAGACUAUUGUGUUAAAAGAGCUAUGGUUUCCAAAUGUUUAAUCGCCAGGAAUUGAUGAACCGUAACCAUGAAACGUAAGCAAGAGAUAAAACCUGCGCGAGAAUCUUUAUCUAUGGGGUUGUGUUUGUAACCAUCCAAACUGCUUUUCGAAACAAUUCAACCAAAAACUAUGACAAAUAUAACUAUGUCAAACCGCCAAACGUUUUGUGUUAAGAAUACUUAGAUCAGAAUUAACCUCGAGUGCAGGAGUUUUGUGCAACCAGUUCCAGUCCACCCAACGGAACAAUUCCCGGCAUCCAUGAAAAUUAAUUAGUUACAAAGGAAUUUAAUCGCGUUAAUUUAUUUCUUUUUUACAGUCAGAGAAGGUGGAAUGGAAAUUUCCGGUGGAGUUUCUGGUAUCUGUUGCAGUGUUUGUGGUAUUGAUUGGCGUGGCCUCCCUGCGAUAAACCUACUGCAGUAC